AUGAAAAUCCUUACUUCGAAAAUAAAAGUUCUCUCCAAAGAGUUUCAUCUGAACGAGAGUGGUGAUCCAUCUUCAAAGUCCACUGGAAUCAAAUGGAAAUCUGGAAAGGAUUUGACGAAACGUUCAAGUCAAACACAGCAUAAAGCCAGCAGGAAGAGACAGCCUGAGGAACAGGAGGGCUCCUUUACCUGGGCUACUGACCAUUCUGCUGCAGGUGUCGAUGAGUUAGGAGAAGUCAUCAAAGAUGACAUUUGGCCAAAUCCUUUACAGUACUACUUGGUUCCUGACAUGGAUAAUGAUGAAGGAGAAGGAGAAGGAGAUGAUGAUGAUGGUGAUGAAGAGGAAGGGUUGGAAGAUACUGAUGGAAAAGGGGCUGAGAAUGAAGGUGAAGAAGAUGAUGAUGAGGGGGAAGUAGAAGAGGAAGAUGAAGGAGAAGAUGACUAA